AUGCCGGCACCGCUCAACGGAAUCCGGGUGGUCGAACUGGCUGGCCUAGCCCCCGGUCCGUUUACUGGACUAUUGCUUGCAGAUUAUGGAGCCUCCGUGCUGCGGAUCGAUCGCCCGAAAGCCGCGAGUGCUGACCAGUUGACUCGCCAUAAGACGUCCGCCACCGUUGACCUCCGGGACCCCGCCUCCCACCGCGUACUCCUCUCCGUGCUCAAGGACGCCGAUGUCUUGAUUGAUCCUUACCGUCCCGGCGUUCUGGAACGUUCGGGUCUGUCCCCGUCGGAGGUCCUCCUGAGACAUAACCCGCGCCUGAUCGUAGCUCGUCUGACAGGCUUCCGUCGCGACGGGAAAUACAAGGAUAUGGCUGGCCACGACAUCAACUACAUUGCCGUAGCCGGGGUGUUGUCCAUGCUGGGCCGGUCGGGUGAACGCCCUUAUCCACCCGGCAAUCUUCUUGGCGACUUUGCUGGCGGGGGUGCCAUGUGUUUCUUGGGGAUCCUGCUAGCCCUGAUCUCACGCAUGCAGACGGGACGCGGCCAGGUCGUCGAGGCAAACAUGGUCGACGGCUCUGCGUACCUAGCUGCGAUGCCGCGGUUGGGCAGACAGACGCCCGUCUGGAGCGCGCCCCGCGGCCAGAAUACGCUGGACGGAGGGAGUCCGUUUUACGACACGUACGAGACUAAGGAUAAGGGAAAGUAUUUCGCGGUGGGUGCGCUGGAGCCGCAAUUCUACGCGGCUCUGCUGAAAGGUCUUGGAUUUAAUCCCGAAGAGCUGCCGCCGCGGGACGACAAGGAUAACUGGCCUGCGCUUCGGGCGGCCUUUGCCAAGCGAUUCAAGGAAAAGACCCGAGCUGAGUGGGAGGCCGUAUUCGAUGGCACAGACGCCUGCGCCACGCCUGUCCUAGAACAAGAUGAGCUCGAGGAAAGUGGCUACGAGCAACGGCCCGCUGUCCAUCUGGUGGAUACCCCGGGACUGCCGAUUCCCACGGACGACGGAGGCUGGACUGGAGGUGGUCUGACACCGGGAACAGGAGGCGAAGAGACCCUGAAAACGUGGCUGGGAUGGAAGAAAGGCCGCAAUUAUGAUGUCAGACCCGAUGGAGCAUUAGUCCAGCUGCUGGACGGCAAAGCAAAGCUCUGA